AUGGUCACCCACGAGUCACACGCCCCUUCAGGGGCCCCGAAGCCCAGCGGACCUUACGAGCCCUACAGAGGUCCGCCAAAUCAAUUCAACAUGGGUGCUCGACGCUUCUCUUCCAUCCCGCUCAUGGUGCUCCUCUACAGCGCCGCCAUGCCAUUCACACCGGUGGGGUGGCUGUUCCCGGUCGAGGGCGCUUUCAUCGUCGAUCGACUAUGCGCUGGACUCAUCGUCCUCUGUGCAUGCUGGUUCCAAUGGCAGAUCUCUGGUCUUAACCACGCCAUCACCAUAACCAUUCCCGGUCCUAGCCGCCAGACCAUUCGCAGUGGUCGCAUGGACCGUAGUGGCGGUGGCGGCAUGAUGUUCAUCUGGCAGACGAGCAACUACUGGCCCUACGCCGCCUGUGAGACUCUGCUCCUCGUACUCGCUGAGUUCGGACCGAGCGAGAUCCUGCGGCGCAGUAUCGUUUGCGGUGUUCUGGCCGGUCUGUGGAUCGUCGGCUUUAACGCCACCCCGCGAUCAUACCGGAUUUGGGCUUGGGAACAGAUCAAGGCGCUCUGGUUCUGGAUUGUCCUGAGAGAGCUUCUGGAUGUUGGACGUGCGAAUGUCGCGAGGAGGAGUCGGCGAUACUAG